UCUAUCGGUCGAGCGGGGACACUGGUUCGCACGUGUUGCGAUUUGCGUUCUUUGAGUAUUUCUCUUUCUUUAAAGCAUUUCUCGCGUGGAUCAUGGGCAAAUUCCGAUCGAAGCUAAAGCGCAAUGGCAAGGGAAAGAUAUGGAGCAAGGGCCAGUCGGCCACCUCCAAUCCCACCCAGAUGAAGCACCGCAUGAAGGCCAAAUCGCGUUUCUUUCAGCCCAAUUUAAGUUUGGCUGUCGCCAAGCCCACCGGCCUCACCAUGGAGGCGGUCCACAAGCAUGAGCAGAGUCAGGCCUUUAAUGCGGAAAGCACAACAGUCAGCGAUGUGGCCGGCAGUUUGAAAAAUUUCAAACUGAAUGACGAUGAUGACGGAAUGUCCGGUUCCGGCACCGCUCUCACCGGCACCGCACCCACUGGCACCUUCAAGACCUUUCAGACCUUCGCCUCCAACUACAGCGGCUGCAGCAACACAAGCUUCCGGAAACUGGUCACCAGCUUCCGGGCCUCGUCCGCUCUUCACAAGGAGAUGCUGGCCAUUCUAAGCGCCCUCACCGAAAUCAUCCGCGAGAACGGCGGUGACGAGUCGUCCACAGAGUAUUUCCUGCUGCUCAUGGAGCAGAUCGAGGCCGCCACCGAGGAGCGAGAUAUUGUGGCCGGCGUAACACUGCUUGCCAUGGGCAUUAAGUCGGUGCCGGCUCCGGUUCUCAGGAAGCGAUUCGCCCAGACCGCUGAUACCAUGCAGAAACUGCUCCAGCGCUUCAUGGAGGCCACUAACCAUUCGGUCAUCCGACAUAUAAUCGGCUGCCUUUCUGUCGUCCUGCGCGCCCAGGAUUACGCGACAUGGACAUACAGCUCCACGAUUCAAUACUUUGACGCCAUUCUGGCGUUCAGCAUUCACUCACAGCCGAAGAUCCGCAAGGGAGCCCAGCAUGCAAUUGCCUUAAUUAUUCACGGCAGCAGUUUCAUGCUGCCGGCUAUCAAGUCUGAUGACGAUGAAAAGGAUGAUGAGGUUGAGCAGCCAAAGGUUAAGCACCAUCCGGCUAGCAGUCGCGUGGCCAAGUUCUGUUUGGCUCAGUUCAAGCCGGAGGUACUGGCCAAUGCACAGACGACAGUGCUGCACACUUUGGAGCUUCUCAAGGACACGCUAUACGGUUUCAAGACGGAGGACAUACGCACUGUUUGCGAGCAUCUGCUCUCCAUUAUGACGGCGGCCAACGUGCUGGUUAGGACGAACUGUUUCCAGACAAUCUACGCCCUUUUCUACAAGAAAAGCCCCAAUUUAAAUGCCUCACUCUGCGCCAAACUGCUGGCAGCGAUACACGAGUACCGUCCAGACAAGAGCGACAUCCGGCAGACGAUCGCCUGGGUGACGGUCUUAAAGGAGGGCCACCUCCAUUUGGCGACCAUGCAGCUGGAUCUUUGCAUGCAGACCUUGCCACGUCUGAUUGAUGUUUGCACCACGGAUCUUUGGCUCUCGGACCAAACGGAGCUGGUUGCCGGUGUCUCAAAUUGUAUCAAGGAGCUGCUGCAAGACUGUGUUUCACGCGCUUGUGCUACGGCGGAGGAUGCACAGCGCAACAAGCAAUAUGUGGCCAGGAUAAUCGCUUCACUGCACAAGAUGCUAAAUGCUCCAUUCGGAGAGAUCUCCAGAUUCGUGAUUCUCAUCUUCUCGUUCGUCUUUGAGGCCUGUGGACCGCGAUUCGGUUCGGAACUCACACCCCCGCUGCUGACAAUCAGCAAGCGCUACGACACCCAGAGCCCACAUCGUCUGCAGAUCGAGCACACUUUGAUCAGUGCCAUCAAGGCUUUGGGACCCGAACUGGUACUUACAGCUAUACCGCUUGCCGAUGGCAAGGGCGUCAUGCAGCUGGAGCGAUCCUGGCUGCUGCCCCUCCUCCGUGAGGGAGCCAACGGUGCCAGUCUGCAGUUCUUCAAGGAGAAGAUUGUCCCACUGGCCCUGGACUGCCAACAGAAGUGGAGGGAGUUCGCCGAGGCGAAGAACAAUUCUUCGUCUCACAUUUACGAGCUAUUGUGCUGUCAGUUGUGGGGCUUGUUCCCUGGCUUCUGUCGUCAGCCGAGGGAUCCUGAGUACUUGCGGCACCUGGCUCGCACUUUGGGUUCGGCUUUGGAAAAGAACCCGGAAUUUAGGCCUCCCAUUUACGAUGGUCUGAUGGAGCUGCUCGGUGAAAACCAAAGUGCCGAAUGCCAUCAGGCAAUUGGCCUGUAUGCCAAGAACUUUUUGCCUCGCCUCUUCUAUAUCUAUACACAGAAACCGAAUGGAACCUACGAGGCCGAUCAGCGCAAGCGUGUCCUGGAAGUCAUUCGUUUGUAUAUUGCCCGGGCGCCGGCUGAUGUUCAACUGGAGCUCUUUGAGAACGCCCAAGCCCAAUUGGCUGCCAGUGCCUUGGCCAGUUUUGAAUACGACGCUUUCUUUGACAUUAAUGCUGCCAUAGUGCGCGUGCAAAAAUGCAAGGGAAUCAAAGCAUAUUUCGAUAAGUACAUGGCUCCCAUUCUGAGGAACGAUAAAUCGAAAUUGGUCGCCAGAGAUGAGCAGAAGCUGAAGAAGCAGCAAAGGAAGACCUACGAACUACUUCGCGAACUGAUGACCUCGGAGCUGCCAUCGUGCCAGAAGUUUACCCGCAAGAACAGCAUUGCCCUGCAGCAAAUCCUUCUCGAUUCAUUUAGCACCCGCUGCACCGUUUGCCAGGCAUCGCGUUUGCACUGCCUGAAGUCCCUGAUAGACAGCCACAGCAAUCUGUCGUACAACGACCAACUUGUGAUGAAGGCCAUUCCGGAGGCAGUGCUCAACUAUAGGGAAUUCUCCAAUAAAAAGGAAUCGGUGGCCGAGCAGCUAAUCAAAUCCAUUACACAACUUUAUCAGGAUGCCGGCAAGAUUAACGACUUUGUUGAUAUCCUGACGGCAGGAUUUAAUGGCGAUGAAAUGCUGGUGACGAACACAAUUUUGGCCUUUAGGGCUGUGCUCAAGCAGCAGGGUGAACACUUGACAGUGGCCACUCUGGAAUUUGUCCUGCAGCAAGUCUCUGUUUUCCUCGUUCAGAAGUCACGCAAGCAAGCGGAGGCAGCCGUUGUCUUUCUGAUUACAUUCAUCAAAGUGAUGCCCAUACCACUGGUGGCCAAUCACCUGGAGGCAAUUAUGCGCUCCUUGUCGGCCAUGACCAAGGAUACGAAGCGAUACUGCCGCCUCCAGAUCGGUUAUUUGCUUAAGAAGCUCUGCAUUCGCUUUAGCCCCGGCGAGCUGGCCAGCUUCGUUCCCGGCGAUGACAAUGUGAUCCAUCGCCGACUCAAGGUGAUCCGCAAGCAAACGCGCAGGGACUUGCGCCAGAAACAGAGCAUGGAAGCGCAGGAGGAUAGCUCCGAUGAUGAGCUGGUCAGCGGUCUGAGGGAAAAUUACGCAAAUAACUACAAAAAUCUCGUCCACAGCAUUGAUGAUAUGCUAGCUGACUCCGAUUCGGAUCUGUCCGAGGACAUGGACACUAACGAUGAGGGCGCAGCAGCAGCCGCAGCUAGAAUCGAUCGUAGAAAGAAAUCUAAGCAACAGAAGAGCACCUUCAUUCGCGAGGAUCCCGAUGAGAUAGUCGAUUUGGCUGAUCUCAAGUCCAUUGGCAGUGUGCUAACCAGUGGCUCCGCUCAAACGGCCACCACUGCCAAGAGCCUAAAGACGAAAGCUCAGCUGCCGAACGGUGGCUUCAAGACUGCCGACGAUGGACGCCUGAUCAUCAGCGAAAAGGCACUUCGUGGCCAGGGAGGAAACGAUGAGUCCGAUUCCGACUCGGAAACCGAUGCACCCAUGGCCAAGCCACCCAAGGUUAAGCGUGGCAUGGAAGACGAUUCGAGCGACGAAGAUGAACAGCAGCGGAAGCUAGUAACCAAGCGGGUACGCAAGGGUGACGAUGCGAUGAGCAUGAAAUCGGGCAAAACCACUGCCAGUAGUCGCUACACUGCCGGUGGCAAGGGCAUCCAUCGACAGCUGGCAGCUGGAAACUCGGAUGCCAUGUCCGUGAAGUCUGGCAAAUCCACCAGCCGCCCAGCGGGCACUGAGUACAGCAGCAAGAAGGCCAAGGGCGAUAUGAAGAAGAAAGGACAACUGGAUCCAUAUGCGUACAUCCCACUCACUAGGAAUACCCUGAACAAGAGAAAACGUUCAAUGAACUCGCGAAAAUUCAAGAGCGUUUUGCGAGGAGCUGGCGCUGAAAAUGGAGGAGGCGGCGGUGGCCGUGUGUCCAAGAAAUACAAGUAGGGCAGACGAUUAAGCCAACUGACUAACAGGCUCGUAAAGCUAUAGAGAUAUAGAGAUGUAUAAUAACACCGGGAUAGUGCGGUCUGUUGAUAAGGAAGCUAAGACGUUGAUGAUUAUUUCCCCCUGUUACUUUGCUUAAAUAUAUAAAUAUAACUUAAUAUAUAUGAACAUGUGGAGACGUUGUAAAUGCCGCAGAUAAAGAAAAACAGAAACAGAAUAGUUAUGUAUUUAAAGUAAACUUAUUUUUUUUUUUUUGUUUUUUGAUCUGCAAAGACUUUGAAUAAAGAAUUUUGAAAGCAAAA